AGGCGCUAGACAAAGGGGCAGCUCUGCGUUGCUCUUCGUUAGGGUUCGGUCGGAAAUUUCUGGGAUCCUUAGUUCGUUGCCUUGCAAUGGCCAAAUUAUUUUGGUUGGAGGCCAUCCUUCCGCUGGGAAUCAUCGGCGUGAUGCUCUGCGUGAUGGGAAACGGGCAGUACUACAUCCACAAGGCCGUCCAUGGGAGGCCGAAGCAUGUCGGUAACGACGGUUGGGAUGUGGCGAUGGAGAGGAGGGACAAGAAGAUCAUGGAACAGCACAGCAACGCUGCAAAUUAGGAAGCGAUCUCACACAAGAUGACCAUCUAAUUUGCAUAAUAAUCUUUUGUACUUCAAUUCCUUUCUUGCUCUUUGCUUCUGCUUAUAAUAUGGGUACUAAGAGCCCUUGUCAAUAAUAAGGAUAUAGCUUAGCUAAACCAUUACAUGACUUUCUGCUUGCUUGUUGCAUGUAAAACUUCAGAAUUUGAUGGUCAUGUGGAAUUUAUAUUUCUUCUAUUGUUCAAGUCA